AUGAGGAAUCAAAGUCCACACUGGGUUGAACCAGAAAGUUCAAAAGUUACUGGAGAUCAUCAGCAGCUCCACUUUUCGAGCGUGACAAUGCAUGCAAUCAAAGGAUUUACUCUGUGCAGUUAUUUAAGUCUGAAGUACGGAGGACUCUGUACGGAUUCACUAACUCCCAUGUUGUACGACAAGGCACCGUCUCGACCUCCUGUUCGCCCCAAUGUCCUGUCUGUAGUAUGUAACUACUACAUGUACAGAGUAACACCCAGUGUUGCUCAGUCUACUGAUGAAAAUCAUGGUCUUUUAGUGUAUUAUACUCUGCAUUGGGCCUUUUUGGAUGUAAAGGCUGUUCGCGACAACCACCUGUCCACUUGCACAAGCCUCCUGCGCCGACAAACAAUGAUUGUUCUUAACGUUAUUACUGCUUGUGAGAGGGAGCCCUGGAGUCGAAAUUUCACCGUUGCUUCGCUGGAAUGA